UUAUUAUUAUAAAUAGCAAAAUUCUUAAUUAUUUUCUCAACAAAAUGUACAAAUCAAUCAUAUUUUCAAUAACUGAAACAGUGUGAGAAGGUUAUGGAACGAUCUAUUUCACCAGUCUUCCGUCAAGUACUAGCCUAGGCUUAUCCUUCCCCUCGCCGCGCGCUUCUCACCGUCGCCUACUGGAGUACGUUCCAAAAUCUAACUGAUUACCAUGGUCCGUUCCGAAAUACUAAUAUGACUAAUAUGAAUGGUUAAUCAAUGGUAACCGUUCCAAAACGCGCAGCUAAUUAACCACGAAGGUAAUUUACUUACCUCACAAAAUUAUGAGGUUGAGAAGGUUAUAUACCAUUACCAAAACGCGGGAGAGUAUGAAACCACGGUUGAUACCUUGGUUAACCAAGAUUGCUUUCGGAACGUACCCUUGUCGGGACGCGGUAGGCAGUCUUACGACUAUGUUCUGUGAUGAGCGCAACCGCCACGUCUUAUGGUCUUAUCUACCCAUCAACAACUACACCGCUGCUACGAGUGUGUCUGCAUAAAACGCUUUGUGGGAAGACGUAUUUUUUCAAAAGGAAUCCGACUUAUUCGGCCGCUAAUUUGUUCUGAUUAUCACGAUAUUUUCACAUUUAGUAGGAAUAUAGAAUGUGUCAUUCUAUCAACUCCAAUAACAAUAUUUUAGAAAGAUCACAUUUAUCAAGUUGCGAUGUCUUGUGACAUUAAAAACAAUAUCCAACGACAGGAGGACGAACUGGUCGCCCUGUCCAGUAUCUACGAUGAAACGGAGUUCUUUUACGUAAAAGGCGAACGUAUGAAAUACUCGAUCAACAUAUAUCCAAAAUUACUUCGAAAACUGGAAGUAAAGCUCACCAGUGAUUGUUCUUACGAUUCGGCUUCCGGCAACAGUUUUCUUGUUGAGCACUUACCGCCAAUCAGAAUGUCCAUUACCCUUCCUAAUACGUAUCCAUCUAAAACUUCGCCAAACUUCCACCUUUCCAUUAUCUGGUUAACGCCUUGGGACAUAUCUUUCAUCUGUCAGAAAUUGGAUGAAAUAUGGAAGGAGAACGAAGGCAACGAGAUCAUCUUCCAGUGGCUAAAUUUCCUACAAAACGAUAUUUACGAUUUUCUAAAUAUAUGGGAAUCCUUAGAUAUUUCUUACUUAAAUUUAAUGCACACAUCAAGAGAUGCUGUCACGAUACGUCUAGCCAAGUUGUCCGAUUGCCGGGUUCAGAAUGGCGCAUUGUUGUCAGAUAUCAAAAGAUUAUUAAUACGUUAUGACAAAGAACAACAUAAAGCACAAUUUCACAAGAACAUUUAUACUUGCUACAUAUGCUUUGAGGAAUACGUAGGAACAAAUUGUAUAGAAUUGAAAAAUUGUGGACACAUCUACUGUAGAGGUUGCAUGGAACAGCACACACGUAUCAAGAUUAACGAAUAUAAUAAUGACAUAUUAUGUCCGACGAUAGAUUGCAAGCGCAAAAUGAGCCCUAAUGAUAUUAAGACUCUCUGUCCGGAUUUGUUUUCCCAAUAUGAAGAUAUCAUGUUGCGAGUAGCAUUAGACACCAUGGAUGACAUGGUGUACUGUCCACAAAUUUCUUGUCAAUAUCCGGUAAUCCGAAACCCAAAUGAUGAUACCCCUAUUUGUCCUAUCUGCAACUAUUGUUUUUGCAUCUAUUGCCGUAAGAUGUAUCAUGGACAAGAACCAUGUGAAAUGACAUCGGCCGAGACUAUAAUACUUAUUGAGAAAUAUAAAAACAGUAAUGACAAGGAAAAGAAGAUGCUAGAGAAGAAAUACGGCAAGCGACAAAUGCAAUCAAUCGAAAAAUAUCUUACGACUGAAUAUCUACAAGAUAAUACAAAAAAUUGUCCGAAGUGCCAUUCAUUUGUCAGCAAAAGUGAGGGUUGCAAUAAAAUACAAUGUAUACAUUGCAAGGCUCAGUUUUGCUGGUUGUGCAAUGAACAGAUACAUGGAUACGAGCACUUUAAUAGUCCCGGCAAUUUAUGUUACGGACUUUUAUUUGAAGGCAUGGAGGUAAACGACGCUGUAGACGAAAUAGAAAAUUUAAAUCAAUACUUCGAAGAUUUUGAUAUUUAAAUAUAUCCUAUAGCAACGUUUGCAAAUCAUAAAUUUUAAGCUGAAAUCAUUUCUGAUCUUUGUAAUUUGUAUUUUUUUUUUUUUUAUGAGAUCAUUAUUUUGAAAAAGAGAUACAGCAAAUCAUUACAGUUAUCAUUUGCAAUUAUCAUUUGCAAUUUUUUAUAGGUGUAUUACUUUUGUGUAUUAUUCUUUUCACCUUUUAAAUUAACAAAUAUAUUAAAUAUUUGUACAUGUUACAUAUACAAAUAUUUAAUAUUAUAUCAUAUACUAUUUGUAUAAUAAAGAUUGUAUGUAUUUUGUAUACAAAUAAAAUAUUUGUAC